ACCACCUACAACAAACUAAAACGAACACAGCACCAACAAUAAUGCUAAGCUACGCCGCAACAAGCUAACCGCUAAGCAGUUUUUGGUUUUCAGAUAAAAUGUUGAAGCAGACAAUACAAAUAUUUGGUCGCGUUAAACCCACUAAGAAAAAAACGGCGCUUCAGGUGACAACAUCCAGCAAAAUGGUGUAUUCUGUGAACAAUGAGGAGCCGACAGGUGCUAAUCUGGAGUUUGUGGUGCCCAAGGACGAGGCUGAUGGCAUUGUGAACAAUAAAAAAGAGUGCUACAUGUUUAGGUUCAAACGAGUCUUUGAUCAAGCAGUCAAACAAGAGGAGAUUUUUGAAAAUAUUGCUAAACCAGUUGCAGACAGUGUUUUGGCUGGCUAUAAUGGAACCAUAUUUGCCUAUGGGCAGACAGGCAGUGGAAAGACUUUUACCAUCACAGGAGGCGCUGAGCAUUAUAGCGAUCGAGGCAUUAUUCCACGCACACUGUCCUACCUGUAUGAACGUUUCAGCCAGGACAGUAGUAUGGUUUACACCAUACAUAUUUCCUACCUGGAGAUCUACAAUGAGACAGGAUAUGAUCUUCUGGAUUCCCGACAUGAAGCUUCUCGACUAGAAGACCUACCGGCUCAUGUUGAAGGGUCUGACAGUAGAGUCAUAACAAACCCAUAUGUUGAAGUAAAGGAGUUCUUAUACGAGCAAGAACCAAUCAUCAUUUAUUUGUUUAAAAAAGUAAUUAUCAUGGAGGACUCUGAUCAGAACAUUCAUCUCCGGAAUCUGUCAAUGCAGCAGUCGGCAAAUGAGGAGGAGGCUCUGAAUCUACUUUUCUUGGGUGACACCAAUCGUAUGAUUGCAGAAACUCCCAUGAACCAGGCCUCCACACGUUCCCACUGUAUUUUCACUUUGCACAUAUGCAGACGUGACCCGGGUUCAGCCAUCUUGCGGCGCUCCAAGCUCCACCUGGUGGAUCUGGCUGGAUCAGAUAGAGUCAGCAAAACUAGACUGAAUGGGCACCUUCUCACUGAGGCCAAAUACAUCAACCUCUCUCUUCACUACUUAGAACAGGUGAUCAUUGCCUUAUCCGAGAAGAAUCGCUUCCAUGUUCCUUUCAGAAAUUCCACGUUGACAUCUGUGCUGCGGGACAGCCUCGGUGGCAACUGCAUGACCAGUAUGAUUGCCACUAUAGCAGUUGACAAGAGAAACAUUGAUGAGUCCAUCUCAACGUGUCGCUUUGCUCAACGUGUGGCUCUAAUUAAAAACGAGGCAGUACUGAAUGAAGAAGUGGAUCCUACUCUGAUAAUAGCACGUCUGAAAAGGGAGAACCAGUUGCUGAAAGAAGAGCUGACCUUGGUGACAGGAGAGCAGAAAGAAGACCAACUUGCAGUAGAGGAGAUCCAGAAGUUGGAAGAGCUGAUCAAAGCCUUUCUCAGUGACCCUGAUCCAGAAAUAAGACUGUCAUUGGGACCAGACAUGAGGAAAAUCCAGUAUUGUUUCUUUUUGCUGAAGAGAAUGGUUCUAGCCAAACAAGAAGAAGGAAAGCGGCACAGGGAUGGACAUUAUUCAGCAGCCACUGCAGUGCAGAAAGAAGGACUGCAAAGUGCCCAACACAAUGCAGGAGAAGUGACCAGGUUAAGGGAGAUGCUGACUCAGCGCGACAAUGAAAUUAGUAUCCUUGUUAAGAUGUUGAAGAGAGAAAAGAAGAGGGUAAAUGAUGCUGGUCAACUUGUUGAUAUCACUGAAGGCCAGAGAUUGGCCUCCAAGAAUGGAUCGACAAAACCAAUGUUGGGGGAAGGAAGCACUGACACCCACUCAGCUGACAGAGACACACGAGCUGUCCAGUACUUGAAAAAAGGUCCACAGCUGUCGUUGGGAAAGCAAGAGGCAUUUGAUAUGUUCAUCAGGGACAAUGAGGCUCAUGUGAGCAUUGAAAAUAACAAAAGCCUCCUCAAGCAGAGAUCCGUUGAUGCCAAGAGACUUGGAGAGCAGCUCAAUGAAGCUAGAAACAGAAUCACUGAGUUAAAGAAACAGUUAGUGUUGCGGAGGAAACGAAGGGCUGUACACGUAGCUGUAAUGGGCAAUGAGUUUGAGGAGGAGGUGGACUCGGUAGAAGAAAACCUACGCAAACAAAUCGAACAUGAAAAAAAAAUGUACAAUAGUAUAAUCGGUCAACUAAAAUCGUUGAAGAUGGAAAUUGAGCACCUGCAGCUGUUGCUAGAGAAAGCAAAGGUCAAGCUCCAGAAGGACUUUCAUAAUUGGUGGAGUCAGGAGACCACUGGUAUGCAGGAAUCUGUGUCGGAGGCCACAGGCAGAUGUCUCACAGAGUUGGAGAGGGAAACCUUGCAACCAGCUUCACCUAGCACUCCAGGAUAUGGUACUGUGAGUAACUACCCAUCAUGGGGAGACCCCAGUUCAGACCCUUCGCCUUCUUUUGUUCAAGAUGUGAGAUUUGUCCCUAAAAGUAUCCCGCCCUCAAUGGAUGAGAAAGUUACUGACUUACCUCCUACCUCUGAGUGGAAGGCCCUUUCUGCCACCAAGCUCACAUCGUCCUCCAUUCCGCUGACUGGAGACCAACAGGCCGAUGCUGACAUCCUGGCCUUUAUCAAUGCCAGACAAAACCUUCUCAAGAGGACAGGUAGUGCAAAACUAAAAUGAGAAGCAAUACACCCCAUCAACCGUUCAGCACUGGCCUCUGGUGGUGUGACGUGGCACAACAUGUACAACAACUUUGACAAGCCUUUGAGCAAAGAACAUUUGAGCGUAUUUAAUUGGCACACAUCAGUUUUUAUUAUAAUUUGUAUAGGUGAUCAGCCACUGCUUGUAAAGUAAAACUUUUUUCUAACUCUU